AUGAAUGAGCCCAAUGAUAUUUUCGUUGGGGCGUUCCUUGCUAAAGAUUUGAAGCGUUACAAUAGAGCAGAAGCAGAUAACAACCUAGCCCGUACAGGCCACAUCAAACCAUUUCUUCCUAUUGAUGGAAUAACAAGAGAUAUUUACUCCACACCAGAGUCAGAUCGAGUUGAAGUAACAAGACUGAAUGGAAAGAUAAGUAUGCUACGAAAGAAGAUAGAUUCUAUGACUUUGCUGAUCAAAAAAACAAAAAACAAUAAUAACGGAUUACAACUACAAUUGAUGAAUGGGUCUCCUAUACGCAUUGAAGAGGAUGCGGAUAAACUCAAUGAACACAAGAAUAAUCUCCAGAAAAAACUCGACUCAAUCACUAUAAAAGCAGAUAUCGCAGAAAAAAUUGGCGAAACAUACGAAAACCUUAUUAAGGAUAUGGCCAAACUUUGUCCACCAACAUUGGCAACACAAAGAUCAGCAGUUCCUAUGCCGAAAAUUCUAGAAUUAAAAAAUACAAUUACUCGACCGAAAACACAAUUCGUAACUCCUCGUGAAGGACUUAAACAUUCUCACAAACCACAACAGAAGCCUAAAAUUACAGAUAGCAGAGCAAAAUCUCGAGUAAAUUCCCCGACAAAAUUAAUUACAGACUCUCCCCAGCUAAAUAUGAAGAGAAAGAGUCCACCAAAGAUACACUUUAAGACUCCUAUUGACAAUUUCCAUCAGCCGGCAAUUAUACCCCCAAUUUCGAUAAAAUCAGUAGACGAAAUCGAAACUCAGGUUACAUCUAGAGAGAAUAUGUCAGAGCAAGAGUCAUUAUUUGCAAAGCAUUUUGGCGAGUUUACACCAGAAGAAAUCGCUCAGCUUUUUUCAAACAGAAAAAUCGAAAAUGACAAACUUUCUUAUCAGUUAGAUCAUAUUGAUAGCGAUAUUGAAGUCUUAACACAUAAGAAAGCAACAUUAAAAGCUCGAAUGGGCCCAGAUUACACAGAAAGAUUAUUAUCUGUAAUUGAUACGAAAAAAAUGUUCUUAGACCAACUUAAACAGAAUACUAUUGAGAAAGGGAAGACAAAAGAAUUCAUUACAGACGAAAAUGAACGCAUUAAACAAAAGAUUUUGGGAAUAAAAGAAAAAUAUGAGUUCAAAGCAACAGAAAUACCACAAAUUCUCGAAGAACUCAAGAAACUAGUCAAGAAAUUUGUCAAAGAUGCACCAAAACAACGUCCGAAAUGUGUUCCAUUAUUAGAUUUUUCCGGAAUGAGCUCCACAACCAAAUUUACAUUCCCAAAGUCAGCAGCAGCACAACAAGCUCCUAAUGAGGACACAUUUAAGUCAGAUUUCUCGUCAAUUCCUUUGUUAAAUCUCAAUAUUCCGAAAAUUCCAAUGUCAAAUGCAAGUAGUGGCAACGAAUUCCUACCAGGAACGCGAAGUACACGCCGUGUCUUCUCAGCGAUGAACACUCCUAGAGCUUUGGGUGCUCAAGUCGAUGAAGUGGUCAAUGAAAUUACAAUUGUGGGAAAAUUAAUCGGCUCACUUUACGUUGGCCGUUUUUCUGCCAACAUUGGCAAGAUUACUCAAAAUUUGAAGCACCAAGAAGAAUUUUCUUUGGCAUCGUUAGUAUCUCCUACAGUAGAUUCUCAUUUUAAGAGUCUGAAAUGCGAAGAUUUUAUGCAAGCGGUUUUCGACCAUUACAAGCACAAUGAGUCAUCGCUUUUCUUCUUGUUAUUCACUGAAGGUGAAAUACAUAAGAUUGAUGACUCAUUUUUGACUUUCAUUUCAAUCCGAAAUAAUUUGAUCAAUAUUUUCCUUCAGAAAUACGAUGCUGAUACUUUCCUUUACUAUUUCGCCCAUUUCCUUGAUGUAGAUGCCGACAUUUCCGCAUACAUUGCCCGAGAUUUCAUUCUUCAAACCGAAAUAAAGCAUCAUUUAGUACAAUUACUUGAUUUAAUGAUGCCAUACUUCAAUACCAUGCAGAACAGGAUCAUGAAGAAAGAGAACAUUGACUAUUACACGUCAUUUAUCGGUUGGAUGGCCUGUUUCGGAACAAUUUUCGAUAUAACAACCGACAGUAUUUUAAGGAAGAACUUAGAAAAUGCCAUCAUUUUCGAACCGACGAAGAUCACAACACAUUUCCUCAAUGAACUAACAACUAAUAGAGCGUGUGCCGGAUUGACAGCCAUUUUUAAUCUUUCCAGAUUCAUGCCACAACAAUUUGCAAGUUUAGGACAAGUUCAAAACUCUUUGAGUGUUGUUCAUCGGUUUUUAUACGCGUAUAGGAAGAGGGAAACAUGUGUAAAGAUGUCAUGUGGAUUCUUUAUUGCUGCUUUACCUUAUUUAGAUGAAGAAUCAAUUCUCUGGCAUACGAGUGUUUUCUUUAAUGCUUUAGUUAUUACUACUUAUAGACAUACAAUUUGUUCUGUGAUUUUGGAAAGUUAUUCGAGUGUUUUGACAUCAAUUAUCUCGAAUAGAGGUUCCAAUUUAACUGAACAACUAUUACAUUUGUAUUUCUUGCAGUUCACUGUGAAACAAUUCGAAUUGGAAGCUUUCUUAGGUGAAAAAGCGGAACCUCCAAAACCUGUUGAAACAAACAUUAAAAAUGUUUCAUAUUUGGACAUUCCGAAACUUCGAUUACCAACAGAACUUCCUACUUUGGAUUUGCAGAAUCCUAAACUACAAUUGCAUUUCCAACCAAAGAGUAAUACUCCUCUCAGAGCUUCGAUUUCUAUUACUGAUAGGCAGUAUUUAGACGAAAGAAAGAGAAAACCAAUCUAUUUGACAAUGGACAUUCAUUUAGAGUUUAUUCAAUUGCUGUUUGCAACAUUGAUUGAUCAUAGUUUGCAUGUUUUAGAUAAGGCUUUUGUCGAUCCUUUCCCACAUGUGAAUCGAAAGAUGAAUGUUUUAUAUACGUUGAUGUGCCACAUGGAAGGAAAAUACAAUCAAGACAUACAAAAGAAUUUGUUGGAUAUUUUCACUCCUUCGCCGGAACAAGAGAAAAGUGAGUCUUCUGAGAGAGUUCCUUUGAAAGAACAGAAAAUACCUAUCACACAAUCAAUGAGCCACUUAAGAUCUAUGCAGAGCUUCCAAGCUUUCCCUUCUUUCAUUGCUAGUAUCCAAUCAACAAGUGAAUUAGAAAUGCAAGCAAUUUCUAGUUCAAGAUCCAGCACAAAACAAAUGUUUUCUCAUGCAAGACAAUAUGAGGAUUUCAGAAGAUUAUUGAGAUUGACAGCCCCCGACUUGUUCACACCAGAUAAAUACAAUAACGGUCAACAUAUCGCUUCCGGUGCAUUUGGAGCUGUUAUGAAAGUCGGAAACUUGGCUGUCAAAAUUUUACCAAAAAGUCGUAAUGAAUUUGACAAUCCACACUUAUACGAAGUUUAUCAUGAAGUAACAAUUUUGGAGUUGUGCAAAGGAGAUAGGAGAGUUACACAACUUGUUGAUUACGGAUGCACUUCUGAUUCUUAUUAUAUUGUCAUGGAAUUUUAUCCGGCGACUUUGAGAAGUUGGAGAAAAAGUGAGGGAGAAAAACCGUUAGGUGUAAUGCUUCGCUUGUUUAGAGAUUUCCUUGAAUCUGCUACUGUUUUAUCUAACAGACACAUCAAUCACUUCGACAUCAAAUGUGAUAAUGUUAUGUUAGAUGUAACAGGAAAAUGUGCACUGGCCGAUUUCGGAGAAAGUAUGUGUUAUGUUGAUGAACAGAAUGGAUAUUCGAUGUUGAAUAAAGGCACCGAAUGGAUUAAAUCACCAGAAAUGUUGUCUAUUGCUUUGAACUCUGCAUUGACUAAUCCAAACUUCGAUCGAAGGCAGAAACAAGGAGCAGGACCUGCAAGUGAUGUCUGGUCAAUUGGCUGUCUGUUUUAUGAAUUGUUGACAGGUGAAUUUUUGUUUGUUGACAAUGAUUGGAGCAGAUUUUUCCUAAGAAUAACAGAUCCUAAUCAGCCAUUGAUCACAGAGAAAGAUAUCAAGAGAUUACCAAAUGAUGUAAGAUUAGUUCCAUUUAUUGAAUUUAUUUUAAAGAGAUCUGAAAGACAUAGACCAAAUAUACAACAAAUUAUUACUAAGUUCGAUGAAAUGUUCCCAGAAGCAAUGUCUUAUCCACUUCCAAGAUUUCCAAAGAAAUAA